AUGAAUCGCUGGUCUUCAGGGGACGCAUGGAGGCUUGCUGCUGGUGUGCUUCUUGUCUUUGUGGCAGUGACGCACGCCAGUGUAGAUGUAUCAACCGGCUUAGUACGCAGACAUAUCUGCAAACACCAACAAGUUGCCAUUCCAUACAGUCAACUUCCGACCGUCAACGUGAGUUACCGCAAGGCUUUGCCGCGCAGCAUCACCACUGCAGCCCUUGCUUCUGGCCGCCGAAACAUUCGAUUUCACGCUCAUUUCCUCUUGGACGGCUCCUGCAAAGAAGUAGGGCAGGAGGUUCCCAACUACGAGGGCACGAACGUGGCGUGCACCUCCAAAGAUAUAGUAACACCGCGGAAACUUAAGGUGCUAAAUUUCAUAAUGGACUCUGCAUUUGGGUUCCUUCAGCAGGCGAUCCUUGUGGAUCCCGUAGAUCACCUUGAGGUAAAUGCGGGGGCAUGUUCGAAUCUGGUGAGCCCCGCAAUGACAAUAGAAAAUAAAGAUUACGCCGUGUUGAUCACAGCCAACCCGGGGAGGUCGCAAGGAGACGUAAUUGCAUGGGCCCGCUGGUGUGCUAAAGACUCCUUCACAGGCAGACCUGUGGUUGGCCAUGUUAAUUUCGUGCCAUCCGUCGUUGGGGACUACUACACCGACCUCGAUAUACAUGUGGCGAUGCACGAGAUAACACAUGCCCUUGGCUUCACUGACAUUGCCGCCAAUGCCAAGCCGCACGCUUUGCCGAAUAACACGAUAAUGCCCGGCUCCAUGAAAGUGUUCCGGCCGGAACUGGAGAAGACAGUAACUAUCAUCACCACACCAAAGGUUGUUGAGGUUGCGAGACGUCACUUUGGGUGCCCGACGCUUGAUGGUGUGGAGGUAGAGGAUAAUGGUGGCGGUGGUACAGCUGGGUCGCAUUGGAAGAAGCGUAUUUUGUUUGAAGAAGUGCUUGUCGGUAUGAUCACCACAGCAAAACUCUUUUACUCUUCCUUUACACUAGCCUACCUUGAGGACCUCGGGUACUACUCUAUCAACUACACUGUGGCGGAAGACGACUUCCGGUGGGGACGCAACAGGAAGUGUCGGUUUCUGUACAACAAAUGCAAUGACCAAGAUGAGUCCGUGGACGAAUUCUGCUUCAGUGAGAGUGGCCUAUUUGGGAGUGCUUGUACACAUGAUAGACUGGGUCUGGGGGCUUGCGAUGUCGUGGUUCACGACCAAGAACUCCCUUCAAAUUAUCAGUACUUCACGGAUAAGAGACGUGGCGGAAGCUCAGAUUUGAUGGACUAUUGUCCUGCCAUUAUGGGGUUCACAGACAUAAACUGUGUAACGGAAAGAAUCCCUGUUGGGUCCAAUAUAUUCGGAAGUGAGGCUGGAGAAUACAGCCGCUGUUUCGACUCAAACAUGAUCGCUGCUGCGUUCCCUAUCAUAAAUACAGGUGGACGCUGUUUUCCGAUGGCGUGCACAGAAGCUGGUCAAAUGCUGCUUCGUAUACAGGGACAAACGGUGCCGUGUCCCGAGGAUGGAAGUGAAGGUGAGGCCGACACGUCCCGUUUAAUCGGCGUCCAUGGUAAGAUAAAAUGCCCUGUGGCAACACUUCUCUGCCAUAACGACUCAGCACUCAAUCCGACGUAUUUAUCUCCUGGAGCUAUUUUGGCAACUGCGUCUACAUCACCACUGGUGCUCCAAAGUCCUAUCGAAUUCGCGCCACAAUAUGCAGCGACAUGCGAAGAGCGCGUUAUGUGUGCUGAUAAUUUAACAUGGGUAUUUCCUGGGUGCCGCAUCAUGGCGAAAAGAAUCGUUGACUGCUUUGGUACAGACUGCGAGACAGCGAUGCGAAAGUGGCUCGAUCGAAACAACCUGACGGAGCAAUGUAAAGAUCGAAGAAAGGUUGCUGAAUUGUGCCUGGAUGGGUGGAUAGGUGCCCAUGGGAUAUGUUCAGUGGCGUCUACUGCUGCCGCCGUAAAGCCACUGAUUUCCAUUAUUGUUACGUUCGCAGCGCUUAUAUUCGUAUUUAUUUUCUGA